CAGAGGCGAGAUAAGAUCGAUCCGCGUCGUGAACGGCGGCGACACGAGGCCGCGAGAAAUGCCGGCGCCGCCCUGUCCCCCGCCGGCCCCUGCAGCGGCGCCGAUACUGCCGCGGCUCCUCUCCUCGGUAGCGCCGGUAGCGCUCGCCGCCGCGCUCGUCUGCGGCGCUGGCCCCGCCGCCGUCGUCGCCCCGGCCGCCCAGGCCGUCCCGUUCGUCCGGCCCCCUCCCCUGCAGGGAAAGCCCUUCGCCUCCUCCACGCCGUACGCGCAGGCCCAGAAGCUGCAGCUUGGCCUCGACAAGCUCGGGAAGAUCAGGCCAUGCCCGUCCACCAACCCGGGGUGCGUGUCCACCAACCCGCUGGGAUCUUCCGGCUCCUUCGCCUCCCCGCUGCUCAUCCCGGAAUCAUCCGCCGGGGACAAGGCCGUCGCCUCGCUGCGGCAAGCCAUCGAGAAGACGCAGAGCAAUGUGGACUUCAAGGUCGAUCAGGACACCCCUUAUGGCCACUACAUCGAGGCGGAGAUGGACGGCGGCGUAGGCCGGGACGUGAUGGAGUUCCUGGUGAAGAGAGACGCCGGCGUGGUGGCGUACCGGUGCAUGGCCACCAAGGUGACCUUCGUCUACCCCUUCACCACCGCCGUCGGCGACUCCAAGGGGCAGAAGCAGAGGGUCGCCGCCAUCUCGCAGGAGCUCGGAUGGUACGCCCCGGACAUCCAGUCCUCCAUGGACUCCGACGACGCCGGCUAUCCUCCGUGACCGUGAACAAUAGUGAACACCGGAGGACCAAUCAUCACUUCAUCCAUCGGAUGGAGCAGAGGUAAAUAUAUGUUGAUGUAUAUAGAUAACUAGCCGGUAUUCGGUGCUGUCCAUAUUAUCAGUGCAAGUUCGGCUGUGCCCUUCAAAGAAUAUAUUGUUGUUAUAUAGGAGUAUUAACCACUCAUAUAAUUCGUUUCUACUUGAUUCUUGUCCAACCAAUGGUGUCUUAUUGGCUAAAAGACAGAACCAGUUCCUUA